AUGAUUGGGGACGAGCAGCUGUCGUGGCUGCUCUGCUCGCUCCACUACGCCUACCCAGUGAUCUCGUUCUUGUAUUUCGCGGUCGCUUCCUCCAUCUCCAUUUGCACGCUACAAACGACUGCAACCGACGCCACCACCGUCCAUGCUCGCCGGACAGCCAUCGUCUGGCUAUAUGCCGCCUUCGUCCUCUGCUUCCUCGCACAGCUGCUCACCAAGCUUGCCACCAUCGCAUCUCACGACGUUUGGCCCACCCAGGACACUAUCAUUGGACUUCUGUCCUGCAUUUUAGUAUUCGGCAUCCAGCAAAACUCCCUCAGUAGCACGGCGUCUCCAGUAUGGUACCCAUACUACGGGCCUUGGCUCAUCGCCAUCGCCAUGGAGCCUGCCGUCUUUGUAACCGAGAUCCUUGCCCACAACAAGGACACUGCCAGGUCCGACUGGUACACCGUCUCCUUGGCGAUCGCAGUCCUCCGGUUCGUCAUUCUGCUUGCAAUGGUACUAGCCUUCUUGUUCUUGGGGGGUUAUGCCAAUGAGAUGGCGACCGAUGAAGAACGGACUCUCCUCCUUCCCAAGCCGGACCACAGCUCAGAUGGUGACUGUUCCGCAGACAGUGGCUACGGGACGAACACGGAAACGACAAACACAGAGGCCAACAACACGGAGACGGUCAACUCGCCCAGCGAUCCAGAGUCGCCGUGGGAGCGACAAGAGCGCAUUGCUCGCGAGCAGAUGGAGAAACGACUCAAGAGCGAAGGAAGCUGGUUCGCAUACAUCAAGGGCUUCAUGGUGUUCUUUCCUUAUGUUUGGCCAGUUAACAAUCGCCGCCUACAGGCAAAUGCAGUAUUGGUUGGAGUCUGCCUACUCGCUGGUAAUGCUCUCAACUUUCUCAUUCCUCGUCAGCUCGGUGCUGUCAUGGACAGCCUGAGCGGCUUUUCUGGUCAGAACCCGUGGGUGCAGGUUAUGAUCUUCGCAGGCCUCCGACUCCUGGCCUCCGAGGCGGGACUCAGCCUGGUACGCCAAUUCUUCUGGCUUCCGGUCGAGUACUAUUCCCAGGAGGCCAUCUCCACCGCCGCUUACUCGCAUGUGAUGAACCUUUCAUCCGAGUUCCACGAUUCGAAGAGCUCAUCAGACUUGAUCGUCGCAAUCUCUCACGGUACCUCCAUCUCAAACAUGCUCGAAUCACUCUGCUUCCGGGCAAUCCCAAUGAUGAUAGACUUAGUCGUCGCCUUUAGCUACCUUUCCAGCAAGUUUGGUGCCUACGAAGGCUUCAUUACCGUGGCGACUGGAUUGGCGUUCAUUCAGGCCGCAGCUCGCAUGAUAGCUGGAUUUCAGAACAGGAGAAAGAAGAUGGUCAAAGCUUACUUUGAGGAGCACUACGUCCGCCAAGCGGGCAUCCAGGGUUGGCACACUGUCAGUGCCUUCAAUCAGGUGCCCUAUGAAGAAGAACGUUACGGCGUCGCGGUCAGCAACUCCGUGACUGCAAUCAAAUCGAUCUACGUUGGGUAUCUGCUGCGCCAGGCGCUUCAGUAUCUCAUUCUGCUCGCUGGCCUCCUCGCCGGCGCUUUCCUCGCGGUCUACCAAAUUACCAACGGCCAAGCUACUCCUGGAGACUUCUUCAUGCUUCUCACUUACUGGUCUCAGCUCACAGGCCCGCUCCAGUUCUUCUCGUCGCUUGGCCGUAGCAUCAGCCAAGAUCUCGUGCACGCAGAGCGCCUUUUGGAAGUGAUGCUCACGAAGCCUACUGUGAUGGACAGGCCUGAUGCGAAGCCCCUCAAGCUCAACGGUGGGCAAGUGGAGCUCCGGGACGUUAGUUUCAGCUACGACAAGAAGAAGGACAUCUUGAAGAGCGUGAACAUGUGCGUCCCUUCCGGCACAACUGCAGCAUUCGUUGGUGCGACCGGUGCGGGAAAGUCCACCAUUCUCAAGGUGUUGGAUCGUUUCUACGAUGUGAGCGGCGGAUCUAUCCUGAUCGACGGGCAAGACAUCCGCGAUGUGACCCUGUCAAGUUUGCGUCAGUCAAUCGGCAUCGUGCCUCAGGCUCCGAUCUUGUUUGAUGACACCGUGAUCAACAACAUCCGCUACGCACGCUUGACAGCGACGGACGAAGAGAUCUAUGCAGCAUGCAAAGCUGCUGCCAUUCACGAGCAGAUUAUGGGGUUCACAGAUGGCUACCAAACACGGGUUGGAGAGCGUGGAGUAAAACUCUCGGGCGGGGAGCUGCAACGCAUUGCCAUUGCCAGAGCUAUCUUGAAGCGACCAGAUAUCGUGCUACUAGACGAAGCCACCAGUUCGGUUGAUACGGACACCGAGCAGAAGAUUCAGGAUGGUCUCCAAAUUCUCUGCGAAGGCCGCACUACCUUCAUUGUCGCUCAUCGACUGUCUACUGUCAUGAACGCCGACGUAAUUUUUGUCGUCGCCGACGGUGAGAUUGUGGAGCACGGAAACCACGAAGAUCUCAUCGCCAAGGAUGGCAAGUAUGCCGAGUUGUGGUCGAAGCAGAUCUUUGUGAAGCCGAAGGAGGCCAAGGUUGAGAGCGACAACAAGAAAAAAACGGGUGAUGAUGCUAACGAACAGGUGACGAAGACUCCCAAGGGGCACCGAAGAGAGGUAGAAUCGUCAAACAAUCGUUGA